AUGUUAGUGAACGAACAGGAAUGGUUCUGGAGCGAUUGGCAUCCACUGUUCUCGAUCUAUUCAGUUGUUCUCUGUAUAGGUGUACGGUUUUUAGUGGUUUUCUUCCUCACUUAUAUAGUGAAUCGAUUUACUGGCGGUGUUCGUCACAUCUCAUUCCAAGAGCAAUUCAUUAUGGCCUACGGAGGUUUGCGAGGUGCUGUUUCCUUUUCACUGGCUUUCAUGAUCAGCGACAAAGUUCCUGUCAAGAACACCAUAUUGUCGGCCACCUACAUGGUUAUACUUGUCACCGUGUUUUUACAGGGUGGAACGAUCAAAUCUUUGGUACGAUAUCUCAAUAUCCGAUUGGCCCGAAAAGAAGACAACUUUCGUUUGUUCAUGGAAUUCAACCGCGGGAUGAUCGCACACAUGACGCAAGGCAUCGAAGACCUUUGUGGCUAUAAGGAUCGAAGCGUGGCGCAUCAACUAAGCGUGUUUUCGAAAGCAUAUGUGCGACCACUCAUUCAAAGAGGUUACAAGAAUGAGCAAAAAGGAACGGAGCGUUUGGUUGAAAUGGAUCGAUUUGAGACGAUGAAAGAGAUGAGAACAAGUCCUUCGCAAAGUUCAUUCAAGCAACAGCAGACCGUAGACGAAAUGGCAGAAAGGUUGGCUCAAAUAAUUUAUCUCCGAGCAAGCACUCACUCGGGCCAGUAA